GGCGGUGAAUCAGCGCCCUCGGCCCGGUAGCGGCGCCCGCAGUCCGGUGGCGCCGCGCCCUGCGAGAGCCGAGCCCCGCUCGCUGUGCCACGCGCGCCGGGACGCCAGGAUGUCGGGCAUCGCAGCCAAGCUGGCGAGGGACCGGGAGGCGGCCGAGGGGCUGGGCUCGCACGAGAGGGCCGUCAAGUACCUCAACCAGGACUACGAGGCGCUGCACGCAGAGUGCCUGGAGGCCGGGGCGCUCUUCCAGGACCCCUCCUUCCCGGCCGGCCCUUCCUCCCUGGGCUUCAAGGAGCUGGGCCCCUACUCCAGCAAGACGCAGGGCAUCCAGUGGAAGCGGCCCACGGAGCUCUGCAACGAUCCGCAAUUUAUCGUUGGAGGAGCCACCCGCACAGACAUCUGCCAAGGAGCCCUGGGUGACUGCUGGCUGCUGGCAGCCAUUGCCUCUCUCACUUUGAAUGAAGAAAUCCUGGCUCGAGUGGUCCCCCUAAACCAGAGCUUCCAGGAGAACUAUGCAGGCAUCUUCCACUUCCAGUUCUGGCAGUACGGCGAGUGGGUGGAGGUGGUGGUGGACGACAGGCUGCCCACCAAGGACGGGGAGCUGCUCUUCGUGCACUCAGCAGAGGGCAGCGAGUUCUGGAGCGCCCUGCUGGAGAAGGCGUACGCCAAGAUCAAUGGGUGUUAUGAGGCACUCUCGGGGGGCGCCACCACCGAGGGCUUCGAGGACUUCACCGGAGGCAUCGCUGAGUGGUACGAGUUGAGGAAGGCCCCUUCCAACCUGUUCAAGAUCAUCCAGAAGGCUCUGCAGAAAGGCUCUCUCCUUGGCUGCUCCAUUGAUAUCACCAGCGCUGCAGACUCGGAGGCCAUCACCUUCCAGAAGCUGGUGAAGGGGCACGCGUACUCGGUCACCGGCGCCGAGGAGGUUGAAAGCAGUGGAAGCCUGCAGAAGCUGAUCCGCAUCCGAAAUCCCUGGGGAGAAGUGGAGUGGACCGGGAGGUGGAAUGACAACUGCCCAAACUGGAACACUGUCGACCCAGAGGUGAGGGAAAGGCUGACGAGACGGCAUGAAGACGGAGAGUUCUGGAUGUCCUUCAGCGACUUCCUGAGGCACUACUCUCGCCUGGAGAUCUGCAACCUGACCCCCGACACCCUCACCAGCGAUUCCUACAAGAAGUGGAAACUCUCCAAGAUGGACGGGAACUGGCGGCGGGGCUCCACGGCAGGAGGCUGCAGGAACUACCCAAAUACUUUCUGGAUGAACCCGCAGUACGUGAUCAAGCUGGAGGAGGAGGACGAGGACCAGGAUGAUGGGGAGAGUGGCUGCACCUUCCUGGUGGGCCUCAUCCAGAAGCACCGGCGGCGGCAGAGGAAGAUGGGCGAGGACAUGCACACCAUUGGCUUUGGCAUCUACGAGGUUCCGGAGGAGUUACUUGGACAGACCAACAUCCAUCUCAGCAAGAACUUCUUCCUGACGCACCGAGCCAGGGAGCGGUCAGACACCUUCAUCAACCUCCGGGAGGUGCUUAACCGCUUCAAGUUGCCCCCGGGGGAGUACAUUAUCGUGCCGUCCACCUUCGAACCCAACAAGGACGGAGACUUCUGCAUCCGGGUCUUUUCCGAAAAGAAAGCUGACUACCAAGUUGUUGAUGAUGAAAUCGAGGCCAACCUUGAAGAGAUCAACGUCAGUGAGGACGACAUUGAAGAUGGAUUCAAGAAGCUGUUUGCCCAGUUGGCCGGGGAGGAUGCGGAGAUUUCUGCCUUCGAGUUGCAGACCAUCCUGAGAAGAAUUCUAGCAAAGCGGCAAGAUAUCAAGUCCGAUGGCUUCAGCAUCGAGACCUGCAAAAUCAUGGUUGACAUGUUGGAUUUGGAUGGGACUGGGAAGCUGGGGUUGAAGGAAUUCUACAUUCUUUGGACGAAGAUUCAGAAAUACCAAAAAAUUUACCGGGAAAUCGACGCGGACAGGUCUGGGACCAUGAACUCCUAUGAGAUGCGGAAAGCAUUAGAAGAAGCAGGUUUCAAGCUGCCCUGUCAGCUGCACCAGGUCAUUGUCGCUCGGUUUGCAGAUGACCAGCUCAUCAUCGAUUUUGAUAACUUCGUUCGGUGUUUGGUUCGACUGGAGACGCUAUUCAAGAUAUUUAAGGAGCUGGAUCCCGAGAAUACAGGCACGAUACAGCUCGACCUCAUCUCUUGGCUCUGUUUCUCGGUCCUUUGAAGUCAUAACUAAUCUGCCUGAAGACUUCUCAGGAAAGAAGAUCAGCCAAGGACUCAGCUUCCACAGAGAAACUUUUUAUCUGGACCUUGAAAUGAUGGGAACAUUUACUUAGACUGCUGAUUAUAGUGGGAAAUAAUCAUACUAUUUGAGAUAGCAGAACUUUCAGAUAUCCAAGUAAAAGAUUUGCAUAUUAUUACAAUAAAGACAAGUGAUCGCUUAAGAUUUGAUAAGCUCAAAAAAAGCUUUAAAGCUGUAAAUAGGAUACACUUUUUACUUUUACACACUUCCCUGUUUAUAGCAAUAUUAAAUCAGGAAAAAAUGCAGGGAGGUACUUAAUAGCUGCACAAACAUUAGGGCAAUCCCAAAGGACACAAGGCCCUUGCUGGGCAUAUUUUUAAAAAGCAACUUCCAGUUUAAAGCUGCAGCUGUGGCAUUUACCAGACAGCCAUUUGGUUUAACCAGAUACCAAGGGAACGGGUUACCAUUGCCCUUAAGCAAAAUGGAAAAUGAUGCUCCACAAAGUAAUCUUGCCAAGGCAUCAAGAGUCCAGGAGAGCAAGCACACCUCUGGCACUUGGAUUAAACAAGACAGAUUUUAUAAAAUUCCUUGGUUAACAGUAAGUUGUUCUCCUUAAACUCAAGUCUUUGAGCAUGUCUGGUCUUACACGCCGAGUGUUAUCCAUCUUGAAGAGACUCUACUCUUGGUCAGCUGAAGCAGGACACCGAAACCAGGUGUCCAGCUUGCAAGCCAAUCGUGAUGAGAAACAAUGAGCCAUCUGCUGCCUGCCUCGAAACUUCGUGAACGUCACCAUCUCUGCUGUCCGUGCAUGGAGUCGGGGGGACAUCGCAUAGGGAGUACCUGUGGAAACCACCCAAGCUUGUUUCCGGGCUUCACUUUGGGGAAAAUGCUAGCAAUGUUAUAAAAAUAUUGCCUUGUUGCCUUAUCUUCUUCCAAACGUACUGUUUCAAUAAAGAGUUGCCCAGGCA